AUGCCGCCUUCAUUGGCAGACGAAUUUUUUGAUCAGAUCUGCUUGCAUUCGCCAUGGGCACUCACGAAGGAUGUAUUUUCGCAGUAUUUCCUCCCAUCUGUGGGAACAGCGUCGCAGCUACCACGCGUUCGCACGCGCUUAUUUUUUCCUGCUUCUCUGCCUCUAUUUUCACAGGAUGUGAAAUGUGCGCCGCUGAUGCUAGCUACACUCGCUGGAAGUCUCGCGCUGGCCGCGGAUGCAUAUGCGCUAACAUGGCAGAUUCGCUCGCUGGAACUGCAUGGACUUACACGCUUACCAAGCUCGUCGAUCAUGCGUCUACUCAAAGCACCGGCAAACUUCCAGCAAGCGUGGCGCUUGCACCGUGUUUCAUUGCCUGGCUGCCUAGCUGUGGAUGAUGCUACGAUCUCGACCCUAGCUCAGGCGACGGGUCCAACGUUGCAGUACCUGGAUAUUACACUUACAUCAAUUACAGCUCACUCACUUGUGGUGCUGGGCGAAGCAUGCUCAUCGCUGAGCACGUUGCGGCUGGCUUGGUGCGAGCAGCUUACAGAGGAGAGCACUUCACAUGCAGUCAGUGAAGCAAUUGCCAAGUGUGCGAAUGCUCGUCAGCCUAGAAUCCCAUUUCAAAACCUCCAAAACCUUGAUGUAUCACAUACACCCAUUGGAGACGUGGGGGUUAGUGGACUUCUUCGCUUAUGCAGUGGACAGCUAACGUCACUCGAUGUCAGCUAUACGCAUGUGGCGGAAAGUGGCACACUCGACGUGCUGGAAAUGAGUCUUCAACUUGGUGGCGCAAAAUCUUUGUCCAAGGUGCUUCAUUUAGGACUGUCAGGCCUUUGUGUCCAUGCAGUAUCGCUCGUCGCUUUUCUCCACGCUUGGCUCGCAUACCCUGUAAGUGAAGAGCACCCAAACACUGGAGACGCCGGUCAGCUUUGCUCGCUUCUCUUGGACGAUAUGGUGGAAUAUUCGCGUCGAGAGCCUUCCUCGUUACAAGGCCGUCGUGGUUUGUCCGGCGAUACACUUCAUGUCAUCGCACAGAUAAUCGCAGAUGCAUGCAAGACUCAAAAGCGUGUGUUUGAGCGUGUGCAUAUGAAUGGGGAUAAGCGAAGUGCCUAUGUACCGAGCCAUUGGUCUCUUCCUGAGGAUGUGCUACGCCGAUAUAAGCGCUGCACGUCGCAUGCUGCAGUGCACAUGCUCAUGAGAAGUACGCGCCGUUUAGCGUUGGGCGGCUUAGACUUGUCAUCUUUCGCAUUCUUGGAUUAUGGCACAUGCAACGGGGAACUAAUUCUGCCAACAUCGAGCACAGCGCUGAAAGAGCUGUCUUUACCGGCUACGUCUCUUACUGACGAUGUUCUCCAGCAUUUUCUUGUACCGCUGACGGGUGCAUUAGAGUCGGUUAAUCUUGAUCACACACAAGUUACGCCAACAUCGGUCAACGCGCUAGUGGCAGUAAAUCCGUAUCUUUGUUUGUUGAGUUUAUCGCAAUGCCGUGGCAUUCCUGUGCGUGAUCGGCGGGCGUACUGGGAUCGCCAUGCAUCAACGUCGGAGUGUGCUUCACCUUUGACAUGGAGUCCUGUAUCAUCACCAUAG